AUGUCUCGGGACAACCUGACAACAAAAGUGACACACUUUGUUCUGUUAGGUAUCACACAGAACCCACAAUGGAACAUCAUCCUGUUCUUGAUUUUUCUUGCAAUCUACAUAACAGCAUGGCUUGGGAAUCUGAUCAUUAUCUUCACAGUGAUUUUCAUGCAUCAGCUCCACACGCCUAUGUAUUUCCUGCUGGCUAGCCUUGCUGCCACCGACAUUAGCGACGCCACAGUCACUGCUCUCAGGCUGCUGGCAAGCUUUCUCUCAGACCACAAUACCAUCUCCUAUAAUUGGUGUGUCACUCAGAUCUUCUUUUUCCAUUUCACUGCAGGUGCUGCAGAUGGUUUGCUAGUUUUGAUGGCUGUUGAUCGGUACAUAGCUAUUUUCAAACCACUGGAGUAUUUCCUUAUCAUGAAUCGAGAGGUUUGUAUAGGUUUGAUAGCAGGAAUUUUAUUGGGUGGUUUUGUUCACUCCAUUGUCCAGAUUGGAAUUCUUGUUCAGUUGCCCUUCUGUGGACCAAACAUAUUGGACAGUUACUACUGUGAUGUCCCACAACUUGUCAAACUGGCUUGUACUGACACAUACAUCAUAGAACUACUGAUGGUUUCAAACAGUGGAGUACUCCUCAUCAUAAUUUUCCCUUCUCUACUUGUAUCAUAUUCUAUUAUCUUGAUGAAGAUUAGGACUCAUGUUGCAGAGGGCAAGAACAAAGCCAUUUCUACCUGUACAGCACAGAUUGUGGUUCUCAGCCUCAAUUUUGGACCUGCAAUAUACAUGUAUAACCGACCUUUCAAAGUAUUCCCAGGAGACAAAUUUGUUUCAGUCAUGUAUACGCUCGUCACCCCUAUGCUGAACCCAAUGAUCUUCACUCUAAGAAAUACAGAAAUGAAAAAUGCUAUUAGGAAACUCAAAGGGAAAAUUCUGCCUUCGAAUUCUGUCUUCAAGGAAAAAGAUUUUCAUUAG